AUGGUACAAUGGGCGGGUGUAGCGCAGUCGCUGUGCAACGCCCCGCCAUGUCUCAUCGCUCCGCUUCCGCCAUACUAUUUCGUCGCACUCUAUCCCGAUCAGCUGAUCGUCGCCGAUGGCCACGCCUCCGUCGUGUGCAAAACAAAACACGACGCGGUCGCACCAGCUGUGCGUAUGUGCUACUACCGUUACAGGCGUUGCCAGGCUUGCGGAGGCUAA